UUGAGGGAGGUGAUAUGAUUGAUAGGCUUCAAUUGUUGGUCGGAAAAUUCUGGAAAAAGACCCCUAGUUAUUAAUGUUGGAGCUUUUGGUCAAGCAAUAUCAACCAACUCUAGAUAUAAUAAUUUAGUUAACGUAAUCUUAUUCUUAAGGUGAAAAGAAUAAAAUUUGGUACUAGUUAGUUGAGAGGCAGAAAAAGAUUUGAGGCAUAUAAAAGCAGAGAUAGAAGGCAUAAUCGAGACCAUUGUUGAGGUUGUUACAUUUUUAGAGCAUGGUUGGGAGUAUAAUGGGGAGGUUUAGAAAUAGCAAUGGUACAUUAGCGUAUGAAAAUGGAUCUGUUCAGAAUGGUGGAUGUUUAUCAGAGGAGAAGCUUGAUGAACUUAGGAAAUUAAUUGGAAAAUCAGAGGGUGAUCCUCUGAGAAUUGUUAGUGUAGGAGCAGGUGCAUGGGGGAGUGUGUUUGCAGCAUUGCUUCAAGACAGUUAUGGGCAAUUCAGGGACAAGAUACAGAUUAGGAUAUGGAGGAGGGCAGGCAGGGCAGUGGACAGGGCGACGGCCGAGCACCUAUUUGAGGUCAUUAACUCGAGGGAAGACGUGCUGCGCCGGCUGAUCCGGCGAUGCGCUUACCUUAAAUAUGUGGAGGGGAGGCUAGGGGAUAGGACAUUGUUUGCUGAUGAGAUUCUGAAGGAUGGUUUUUGCUUGAACAUGGUUGACACACCCCUUUGUCCCUUGAAAGUUGUUACUAAUUUGCAGGAAGCUGUUUGGGAUGCUGAUAUUGUUGUUAAUGGAUUGCCUUCAACUGAGACAAGGGAGAUUUUUGAAGAGAUUAGUGAGUAUUGGAAGGAGAGGAUCACAGUUCCUAUUAUAAUCUCUUUGGCUAAGGGUAUUCAAGCUGCAUUGGACCCUGUUCCUCAUAUUAUUACUCCUACUAAGAUGAUUCACCAAGCAACUGGAGUUUCUAUGGAGAACAUACUCUAUCUUGGGGGUCCAAAUAUUGCAUCAGAAAUCUACAACAAGGAGUAUGCCAAUGCAAGAAUUUGUGGUGCUGAGAAAUGGAGGAAGCCUCUUGCAAAGUUUCUAAGACAACCCCAUUUUAUUGUGUGGGACAACAGUGACCUUGUCACUCAUGAAGUCAUGGGAGGCUUGAAAAAUGUCUAUGCAAUUGGAGCUGGUAUGGUAGCAGCACUAACCAAUGAGAGUGCAACAAGCAAAUCUGUAUACUUUGCACACUGCACAUCAGAGAUGAUCUUCAUUACUCACUUGUUGGCUGAAGAGCCUGAAAAGCUUGCAGGACCAUUGUUGGCUGAUACAUAUGUGACUCUCUUAAAAGGGCGUAAUGCAUGGUAUGGUCAAAUGUUAGCAAAAGGUCAACUAAGCCCUGACAUGGGUGACAGCAUUAGUGGCAAAGGAAUGAUACAGGGAGUGUCUGCAGUGGAAGCAUUCUUUGAGCUUCUGAGCCAAUCAAGCUUGAAUGUGUUGCAUCCUGAAGAAAACAAGCCUGUUGCUCCUGUAGAGCUUUGCCCUAUCUUGAAGACACUCUACAAAAUAUUGAUAUCGAGAGAACUAUCAUCACAAGCAAUUCUGAAAGCUCUGAGGGAUGAAAAUCUGAAUGAUCCCAGGGAACGCAUUGAGAUUGCACAGAGCCAUGUUUUCUACAGGCCUUCACUUCUUGGACAGCCAUGAUCAUGUUAUCCAUGUGAAUGUAAUCAUAUAUAUAAAUAGGAGUCAUUUUCAAAGUGGGACACUUUGAUGAGCAUACAUAAAUGUAUUAUUACUAUUUUCUGAUGGGUUUUGCAUUGCAUUAUUGUGUGUAUAUAUCAACUAUCAAUAUAUGUGUAAACACAUCUGCCAUUUUAAGUAAUUGUACUGAUGAUUUCUUAA